CACUCGAUUCGCUGAUGGCAAUUGUAAUCCACGUCUCCGCACCAAAACGCCCACAACAGGAUAGCAUUUUCAGCGCUCGCCUCUUGAUUUGAUUCCGUCCAUGCCGGUGGCACCGUAGAUGCUUAAAUAGCCCCUCCAGCUGGCCAUGUCCCACAAGUCCUCCCCGGCCUAUUCUACUCGUCCACAACUUCCUCUGCGCCACCAUGGAUGAGUUCCACAUCGUCUUUGAGGCUCCCCAGGAGGGCCACGCAAAGAAGAAACGCGCCCGCCUCGUAACCUCCUGCGACCACUGUCGUCUGAAAAAGAUCAAAUGCGUGCAGUCGCAAAACUCGUCAAAGUGCGAGGCAUGCUCGGCUGCCCGAGUGGCGUGUCGUUUCCACGACAGGGAGCAGUACUUUGCUGAGCGGGGCCGCAUCAUGUCUCGCAACUCUCCACCCCGCGGAGGCCGCCGAGGCAGCCAAAUGUCCGUGUCCAUCAUCGACCCCAUGCGAGAGCAUUCCAGCAGCCCGCAUUCUGGCGGCUCGUCUGCGUCCUCUUCGGACGCCCAUGUCAGCUCCCGCUACGUGACUGGACUUGGCUAUCCCGUAUCUGAGCCAUGGGCGAAUCUCCCAGACGACCGAAUGGCUUACAUUUCUCCACAACCGACCUGGCAAGCCGCGAGCGAUUAUGCAGUGCCCGCGGUGUUUCCCUCUACACCCAAAGUUAGAGGGCACCACCACGACCCCAGUCUCUACGGCGGUUCCUCGGAUGUCCAGCCUACUCAGCAAUCAUACAUUUUACCGCUAUUCGAUCCGCAUUACCCGGACCGUCCAAAUGCAACACUGAUGAUGCACUUCAUACAAUCCUACUUCGAUCACUAUGGCUCGUCGAUUCCAUGCCUAGCUUACGACGAGACGGUGAAGCAAUUUCUGGAACAAACCCUACCUCCCCUUGUUGCUUCUGGCAUCGCAGCGCUUGCAGCAUGGUACUCUGAUCUACCGGAAGUAGUGCGGAGGGGCGCUGCCGACGUUUCAGCUGCCUAUUGUGCGCAUGCGAAGGCAUUACUCUCACGGACGCCACAAUCGACUUCCUUAGAGACGCUGCAUGGUUACAUACUGCUUGCAUGGGCGGAGUCUAAGAGAGCACGUCCGCACGAGUCCUGCUCGUACGUCAAGAAAGCUAGCAUCUUGUCGGAUCAACUGGGUCUCUCCGACGGAUCGCUCCUGCGGACGGCGACGUCCGAGUACGAGCAGACUGUGCUGCGUAAUACCUGGAGCGUGGUACGGCAGCUGGUGACGAUAAUGUACACCUGCCAGUGGACCGCAUAGAACACACGUAUCAUCAUCGACUCUCAUGGCACGUUAAGUUAUUUUCUCAUUGUCUGCACCUCGCUCGACGCGAAGGAUACAUCCAUGUAUGAUAAUACAUGAUAGCCGUCUAGGUUAUGUCAGGGACACCACACACGUGAAGCCCGUUCCAUAGAUACGGACCAUACCGAUACCUACGGAAUCAUUGUUCGACAUCGACUCAUCGACACGGGAUCAAGGGGCGGUCAUAGCGAGGGUGACGUCUCUGGCGUCCCUAUUGAAGCCCCCAUUCAUAUCUACGGUUUGACGUGACCGCGUUAUCACGACGAGACCAGAAAGCUUGAAGAACAUGCCGUUACUGCACUGCUAGACGCUGUUCCUGUGGCUAGUGUGUUGAUGCUAAGUCGCCGAGGUCUGCUGCAAAUGAAAUUACGGCACAGCCCUGAUUGAUUCUAG